UUCCCCCACCAACUAAGCGCCCGAGGCUCCCAGCCCCCGCCUUAUGUCCAUCAUUAAAGUAAUCACGUUCCGCCAACCACAGCUGCCCGCAAACAUCCCCGCGGGUGAAAACUCAGAGGACACCGGGCUUGUGGUACUGAUCCAACUCAUCUUCCCGUCCGGAGCGAGUGAGCAGUGCGCACGAGGUUGGCAUUGUCAGAAUGGCGGAGUGAGUUGGCAGGAACCGGCUUUACUAACACAGAGAGAUCUCUAACGUGACAGCGGCUGGCACUUUGUGAAUGAGAAAUCUGUCCUUCAUCUGAGUUGUUCAUCAUGGAAAUUUGCUUAUGUCUAACCCUCCUGAGUCAAAGGAACUCUAGAAAACAGACUCUGAUAAUCCGCAAAUAGCAAAGACUUUAGUCCGAGACUCUCGGCCCUAAUUUUUUUUUUUUUUCCAGUUUAUUGCAUAUUUAAUUUUUAUAGUAAUUUAUUGAAUUAUUUUCAUACCUCACUUUUUGUUUACAUAGUAAAUAUUUUAUUUUUGUUGAUAUUCAAUUUAUCUUGAGCCAAAACUAAACAUGGAAUCAACAACGGCUUUCAGUGCGGUUACCAGUGCCCUUGGCAUCCAAGAUGUGCAUAUCAUGGCACCGUACCUUUGGAUGCUUGUGUUGGGUUUUGUCAUAGCCUUUGUGCUAGCAUUCUCUGUUGGCGCCAAUGAUGUAGCAAACUCUUUUGGAACGGCAGUGGGCUCCGGUGUGGUCACGUUACGGCAGGCCUGUAUAUUGGCAUCCAUCUUUGAGACAGUUGGCUCGGUCCUGCUUGGGGCUAAAGUGAGUGAGACCAUCCGCAAGGGACUGAUUGACGUUACGAUGUACAAUUCUACGCAGGAGCUGCUAAUGGCUGGAUCCAUCAGUGCAAUGUUUGGUUCUGCUGUGUGGCAGCUUGCAGCUUCUUUCUUGAAACUCCCCAUCUCUGGCACCCAUUGUAUUGUUGGAGCAACUAUUGGCUUCUCUCUCGUUGCUAAAGGACAACAAGGCGUUAAGUGGAUUGAACUUCUUAGAAUUGUUUUAUCCUGGUUUAUCUCUCCUCUUCUCUCCGGCAUCAUGUCUGCCCUUCUGUUCUUCUUUGUUAAAAAGUUCAUCCUUUGCAAGGCUGACCCUGUCCCCAAUGGUCUAAGAGCUCUUCCAGUCUUCUACGCUUGUACGAUUGGCAUUAAUCUAUUCUCCAUUAUGUACACUGGCGCACCACUGCUGGGUUUUGACAAGGUCCCCCUGUGGGGCAUCAUCCUGAUCUCCGUUGGUUGUGCAGUAUUCUGUGCCCUGUUUGUUUGGUUCUUCGUCUGCCCCAGAAUGAAACGCAAGAUUGAGUGUGAAUUCAAGUCAAGCCCAUCAGAGUCCCCACUUAUGAACAAGAAGAAUCGGGAGCUCCACUGCCCUAUCCUAAAACCAGACCCAGACAAUAUCAAGCUACCUGUAGAUGGAGGGAUUGUUGCAGAAGUAAAGGUUCCCAUACUGGAUAUGGUCACUGUAUCCAGAACAGAAGAGAGAACAGUCACUUUCAAUAUGGGAGACUGUGAUGACCCUAUAGAGAAAGAGAAGCUUAAUAGUAUGGAGACCAACAUUGACCAACCAAUGAAUGGGAGUGUGCAGCUGGCUAACGGGAACCAUGUACAGUUCAGUCAGACUGUGAGUAACGAGAUGAACUCGAGUGGACAGUAUCAGUACCACACUGUGCACAAGGAUUCUGGCCUUUACAAAGACCUCCUGCAUAAGCUGCAUCUGGCUAAGGUGGGAGACUGCAUGGGAGACUCUGGAGACAAGCCACUACGGCGCAACAAUAGUUACACCUCUUAUACCAUGGCAAUCUGUGGCAUGCCCCUCGACUCCUUCCGUAACUGGGAUGCAGAAGCACGACCAGACGAGGCGGAGAAGUUAACCGUGCAUGGAGCUGAUGGAAAGAAGAGAAUUCGUAUGGACAGCUACACCAGUUACUGCAAUGCUGUGGCAGACGCACACAUGGAUGUUGAAGCUGAGGAGCAGGAGGAAGGAUGUAUCGAAGAUGUAGUUACUGACCGGAAGAGCAGCAGUUCCUCUCUAGAAGAACGACAUGACCAGGACAAGCCAGAGGUGUCCCUGCUCUUCCAGUUCUUACAGAUUCUCACAGCAUGCUUUGGUUCCUUUGCACAUGGUGGAAAUGAUGUCAGCAAUGCCAUUGGCCCACUGGUGGCUCUGUACCUGGUUUAUGAGAGUGGAGAUGUUGCCACCAAGGCUGCCACUCCCAUUUGGCUGCUGCUCUAUGGAGGGAUCGGUAUCUGCAUUGGUCUGUGGGUUUGGGGACGCAGGGUCAUUCAGACAAUGGGCAAAGAUCUAACACCAAUCACACCCUCAAGUGGCUUCAGUAUUGAAUUGGCAUCGGCACUGACUGUUGUAAUCGCUUCAAAUGUUGGUCUCCCAAUAAGUACAACGCAUUGUAAGGUGGGCUCUGUCGUGUCCGUGGGAUGGCUGAGGUCCAAGAAGGCAGUAGACUGGCGCCUCUUCAGGAAUAUCUUCUUGGCCUGGUUUGUCACGGUGCCAAUCUCUGGUUUAAUCAGUGCCGGCAUCAUGGCACUCUUCAAAUACGCCAUCCUGAAGGUGUAAGGACAUUCUAUCAAUCGCUGCUGCACACAAUCAUCUCAGGACCACAGAUCAGUGCACGCGGCUCAUCAGAGCUUAUGUUGUGGGUAGGGGGGGGGGGGGGAAAUGUGCAAGAGUUUACUGCCACCCUCUCCUGCUGGAGGCACUAUCAAAUUAUCUUAUACAGUCUGCUGGUCCGGCAGGUGGAGGGUUAAAAAAAGAACCGAAGGAGGAUAAGAUCAGGCUAGAAAGAAGUGAAUCGCCUCCAGUGCUGUAAAAACUUGCUUUUUAUGCUUCAGAAUCUGACAAAUCCUGUUCCCAAUCUUUACAUGUACAAAUCAUUCCUCAGUAUUAAUGUAGUCCUGUAUAUAAAACUGCCUGUCCUAGCUGUCGUCUUCCAGUAAAUGUCUCCACAUCUUUUUCUCUUGUUUUAUAUCACAUUGACGUUACCCUCACCCAGUAUUUGGAUCUUUUACUCCUCUAAACAAACAUAUCUUGUCCACAUCAUUGCUUUAGGCACCAUUGUUUUUGUCAGUGAAAUUCUCACUAAAUGCAAGGCAGACGCUUCCCGAGGGGACUAGAUUAGGCAAAAUGAAAAGAUCUUUUCUGCAUACAUAAAGAUGAUUGGCCUUAUUGGAUAACAUCAACAGAUACUCCAGCUAAAGACUGACUUUAAUGAAGGAGGGAAUCACUUUGUUGUGGGUGCUUCUAUUAUAAAUCCAAUAUCAUUUUUUUUUUUAAAAAAUCUUUUAACUAUAUAUUGUUUUGGGGCUGAGGGCCACAUGAAGGGGAGAGAUCAUGUGGGUAGUGUUGAUACAAUACAGCUGGAGUCUUGCAAUGUCCAUAUCAGUGGUUUGUUUUUUGAUCUUGCUGCUGGUGAAGCCAAAAUAAAAUCGCAGUAAUCCAGCCA